GGAAAGCAGGGAGCUUAUAACCUGGACUAUGGCUCCAUGGAAGGACAGGGUUGUAUACGGGAUGACAAACAUAGUUCUCAUCAUUUCUGGUAAGUUAUUAAACCUUGCAGUCUAAUGCCCUCGGACCGUAUGCAAAGCAUCACAAAGCCCUUUGAGUGGAUAAACUGAGAACAAACAGCUGAUGCUGGGGUAUUAACUAAUGGAUAAAUCAAAGUGCAUUCAAAGUGAAUUUCAAAUUCAGGGUUAGGGAGGUCCAGAAACCUAAACUGGGUUUUUAACAGUGUGGGGUCAGCAGACCUUUAAUAUUAUUAUUGUUAUGUUUAUUAUUUAUAAUGUGCAAACAUAGUUCAAGUUAAAUCAUUUGUAUGAAAAUAUUACUUUGCCUACAUGAUAUAUCGAGUUAUUCACUAUAGUGAGAAUUAUUGGGAACUUAAAUCUAAUAUCAAAUUAAACACCAAAGUAGCCGUGUUAGUAUAACUUCGUUAGAGAAUGUUUCCUGUUCUUCCCAUUUUUGGUCUUAUAUGAAAAAUUCUCUUUGAAUUCAAACUUUAGCAAAUAACCGUGAAUGUUUUUUUCAGCUCAGGAACCUCUAUUAACUGUGUGUAUUUAAAACAUUUUAACUCUUUACUGAUCGUAAUAUCAGCUCGCAAAUUAAAUCCAUCAGCACUCAGAUGUAAGCAACUCUUCAAAACAUUUGUAUAUUUAAAGUGAUACUAACAGGAAGGGAGCCAGGCUCAGAGACUAGGAAGAGUAUAACUAUCAUGAAUAAUGAGACCAAGAGAGCAUCAAAUGAAGUGAAUUCAUUGUAACAGUGUCACUUUCUGUACCCCGGCCUAAGUUGAAAAUAUUUAAUAACAUAUACCAGAUCAAAAAAAUAAAUAAAAUAUGCGUACGUGAAAAAAUUCUGGGCAAAUAUGUAUAGUUCAAUGAACCAUUCCUGUAAAAGGCAGCUGAAAAUGCAAUUAACCGACAGAAAAUGCCAGUAAAAGUAUAGCAGACGCAGAGCCAUAAAGCAAUAAAAUAUAAACAAAAAUAUAGCAAGGCAAGGCUUUAAUAUUACAUUGAACACAUAAUAUAACCCAGACUGAAGUGGGUCCUGCGAUAGCUGUAAAAAGGAGAAUAGAUAGAAUGAAUUCCCCCGUUAAUAAGACACGUGUAAGGGAUUCGAUGAAGACAGAUAUUGUAGAAGACUUUGAAGAGUCCUGUAGUAAUAAAGUUUGUUACAAUUUAAUCUAGAUUGGGAUAACCAUGAGAAGAUUCGAGGAUGAAAGAGCAAUCACAAAACCAUUUUGUCCUAAUAACACAAAUGAAUAGAAAAAAACUAUUCAUAAACCAGUAGCAACAACUUAGAUAAAACAAGUCAAAAGACCUUAAAAUAUAUUUGUCAAAAUCAGUAACAAUAUAUAGCAAAUAAGAGAUACGUACGUGCCAGGAAUAUAUGAAAAUAAGAAAUUCCUAGUGUCCAAAUGUCCAUAAAACAAUGUAGCUAUUGUGAACUGAAACAAGUAUCUCACAUAAAAUGCAAAAAGUCCAGUACCCUGCCAUUUAAUAUAAUACAGAACCCUGCCAUUUAAUAUAAUACCGUACCCUGCCAUUUAAUAUAUUACAGUACCCAGCCAUUUAAUAUAUUACAGUACCCUGCCAUUUAAUAUAUUACAGUACCCAGCCAUUUAAUAUAAUACAGUACCCUGCCAUUUAAUAUAAUACCGUACCCUGCCAUUUAAUAUAUUACAGUACCCAGCCAUUUAAUAUAUUACAGUACCCUGCCAUUUAAUAUAUUACAGUACCCAGCCAUUUAAUAUAAUACAGUACCCUGCCAUUUACUAUAUUACAGUACCCAGCCAUUUACUAUAUUACAGUACCCAGCCAUUUAAUAUAUUACAGUACCCAGCCAUUUAAUAUAAUACAGAACCCUGCCAUUUAAUAUAAUACCGUACCCUGCCAUUUAAUAUAUUACAGUACCCAGCCAUUUAAUAUAUUACAGUACCCUGCCAUUUAAUAUAUUACAGUACCCAGCCAUUUAAUAUAAUACAGUACCCUGCCAUUUAAUAUAUUACAGUACCCAGCCAUUUACUAUAUUACAGUACCCAGCCAUUUAAUAUAUUACAGUACCCAGCCAUUUAAUAUAAUACAGUACCCUGCCAUUUAAUAUAUUACAGUACCCAGCCAUUUAAUAUAUUACAGCAUCCUGCCAUUUAAUAUAAUACAGUACCCAGCCAUUUACUAUAUUACAGUAUCCAGCCAUUUAAUAUAAAACAGUACCCUGCCAUUUAAUACCUUACAGUACCCAGCCAUUUAAUAUAAUACAGCAUCCUGCCAUUUAAUACAUUACAGUAACCUGCCAUUUAAUAUAUUACAGCAUCUUGCCAUGUAAUAUAUUACAGUACCCAGCCAUUUACUAUAAUACAGUACCCUGCCAUUUAAUAUAAUACAGUACCCAGCCAUUUAAUACAUUACAGUACCCAGCCAUUUAAUAUAUUACAGCAUCCUGCCAUUUAAUAUAAUACAGUACCCAGCCAUUUACUAUAUUACAGUAUCCAGCCAUUUAAUAUAAAACAGUACCCUGCCAUUUAAUAUAUUACAGUAUCCAGCCAUUUACUAUAUUACAGUACCCUGCCAUUUACUAUAUUACAGUAUCCAGCCAUUUACUAUAUUACAGUACCCAGCCAUUUAAUAUAAUACAGUACCCAGCCAUUUACUAUAUUACAGUACCCUGCCAUUUAAUAUAAUACAGUACCCUGCCAUUUAAUAUAAAACAGUACCCUGCCAUUUAAUAUAAUACAGUACCCAGCCAUUUAAUAUAAAAAAGUACCCUGCCAUUUAAUAUAUUACAGUACCCAGCCAUUUAAUAUAAUACAGUAUUCUGCCAUUUAAUAUAAUACAGUACCCUGCCAUUUAAUAUAAUACAGUACCCAGCCAUUUAAUAUAAUACAGUAUUCUGCCAUUUAAUAUAUUACAGUACCCUGCCAUUUACUAUAUUACAGUACCCUGCCAUUUAAUAUAAUACAGUACCCAGCCAUUUACUAUAUUACAGUAUCCAGCCAUUUACUAUAUUACAGUACCCUGCCAUUUACUAUAUUACAGUAUCCAGCCAUUUACAAUAUUACAGUACCCUGCCAUUUACUAUAAUACAGAACCCUGCCAUUUAAUAUAAUACAGUACCCUGCCAUUUACUAUAUUACAGUAUCCUGCCAUUUAAUAUAAUACAGUACCCUGCCAUUUACUAUAUUACAGUACCCAGCCAUUUACUAUAUUACAGUACCCUGCCAUUUAAUAUAAUACAGUACCCAGCCAUUUAAUAUAUUAAAGUACCCAGCCAUUUACUAUAUUACAGCAUCCUGCCAUUUAAUAUAAUACAGUACCCAGCCAUUUACUAUAUUACAGUAUCCAGCCAUUUACUAUAUUACAGUACCCUGCCAUUUAAUAUAUUACAGUACCCAGCCAUUUACUAUAUUACAGCAUCCUGCCAUUUAAUAUAUUACAGUACCCUGCCAUUUAAUAUAUUACAGUACCCAGCCAUUUAAUAUAAUACAGUGCACUGCCAUUUAAUAUAUUACAGUACCCAGCCAUUUAAUAUAAUACAGUACCCUGCCAUUUAAUAUAUUACAGUACCCUGCCAUUUAAUAUGUUACAGUACCCUGCCAUUUAAUAUGUUACAGUAUCCUGCCAUUUAAUAUAAUACAGUACCCAGCCAUUUACUAUAUUACAGUACCCUGCCAUUUAAUAUAAUACAGUACCCAGCCAUUUAAUAUAUUACAGUACCCUGCCAUUUAAUAUAUUACAGUACCCAGCCAUUUAAUAUAAUACAGUAUCCUGCCAUUUAAUAUAAUACCGUACCCAGCCAUUUUAUAUAAUACAGUACCCUGCCAUUUAAUAUAAUACCGUACCCAGCCAUUUUAUAUAAUACAGUGCCCUCCUGUGACGAAAUGCCUUUUGUCCCUAGAUUGUUAGGUGACAAGCUGCCCUUUGCCCCCGGCUUUUGGAGGAGCCUGAUUGCCAGCCUCCUUCCUCAUGACUAUGGCCCUGGGGUGUAUUGCCAUUUAAAAAAGACUAUUUGGGGCUUAUUGGCAUCUAAAGACAGUUUCUUCCCAUUGGAAUCCAUGGGAAGGUGUGUUUCUUCCCCUCCCCCGUUUCCUGUCUAUUGUUCACCUAGAUUGGGCGCUCAGAUCCGAGCUAUCUGGGGAUAGGUUAAAUGUGGGGGUUCUGUGUAAUAUAAUAAGAAUUAUGUAUUUUUAUGUACUUUUACGUAUUUUUGCUGUUAGUGUCAAAUGUAGAUAUUUUCUGUACCUGGAGAUAAUUGAGUUUACUUCAGUGCCUUAAGCCAAUUAUCUCCAGGAUGGAGAGGAGGGAUUUCAUUGUUUAUGUGAGAGUGUUAUCAUGUUAAUUAGUGUUCCCAUUGGUUUGUGUCCCUUUUGUCACAGUUUACCACCAGGUCCAGGGGGUGUGCCUCUGACCUGAAAACUUGUAUAUAAGAAGUAAUAAACGCUCAUUGGAGUCAGAUCAUCUUGUACCUUCCUGAAGUUUCGGCUCAUGUUUGGGGGAUUGGAGAAACUACACUCUGGGGAUUGCUAUAAUCACUAUACUCCCCAGGGUAUAUUCACUAAGCUCUGCUAAGAGCUUGUUCCUGUUCCUGCUCUCUGGAAUUCGGAGAGAGGUCGACCUGCUGGAAGCUGGACCCUGGUCCUGGGUCCAGAGUGGGUGGAGACGGCGAGACCCCAACCAAGCUGCGGCGGUUCGUGGGGUCUGUAGUGGUUAUGGUGUCAGGCAGAGUGCUUGGAGUCCUCGGAAAGCACUAGGAGCAUCCGUCGGCGGAAGGUACCCGGUCGGGGUGCCAGCGGUUCCGUUACACCUCCCAUUUACUAUGUUACAGUAUCCUGCCAUAUAACAUAUUACAGUAUCCUGCCAUUUACUAUAUUAGAGUACCCUGCCAUUUAAUAUAAUACAGAACCCUGCCAUUUAAUAUAUUACAGUAUCCUGCCAUUUAAUAUAAUACAGAACCCUACUAUUUAAUAUAAUACAGUACCCUGCGAUUUAAUAUAAUACAGUGCCCUGCCAUUUAAUGUAAUACAGUACCCAGCCAUUUACUAUAUUACAGUAUCCUGCCAUUUACUAUAUUACAGCAUCCUGCCAUUUAAUAUAUUACAGUAUCCUGCCAUUUAAUAUAAUACAGAACCCUGCUAUUUAAUAUAAUACAGUACCCUGUGAUUUUAUAUAAUACAGUGCCCUGCCAUUUAAUGUAAUACAGUACCCUACCAUAUAAUAUAAUACAGUGCCCAGCCAUUUAAUAUAAUACAGUACCCUGCCAUUUAAUAUAAUACAGUACCCAGCCAUUUAAUAUAUUACAGUACCCUGCCAUUUAAUAUAAUACCGUACCCAGCCAUUUAAUAUAAUACAGUACCCAGCCAUUUACUAUAUUACAGUACCCUGCCAUUUAAUAUAAUACAGUACCCAGCCAUUUACUAUAUUACAGUACCCUGCCAUUUACUAUAUUACAGUAUCCAGCCAUUUACUAUAUUACAGUACCCUGCCAUUUACUAUAAUACAGAACCCUGCCAUUUAAUAUAAUACAGUACCCUGCCAUUUACUAUAUUACAGUAUCCUGCCAUUUAAUAUAAUACAGUACCCUGCCAUUUACUAUAUUACAGUACCCAGCCAUUUACUAUAUUACAGUACCCUGCCAUUUAAUAUAAUACAGUACCCAGCCAUUUACUAUAUUACAGUAUCCAGCCAUUUACUAUAUUACAGUACCCUGCCAUUUAAUAUAUUACAGUACCCAGCCAUUUACUAUAUUACAGUACCCAGCCAUUUACUAUAUUACAGCAUCCUGCCAUUUAAUAUAUUACAGUACCCAGCCAUUUACUAUAUUACAGCAUCCUGCCAUUUAAUAUAAUACAGUACCCAGCCAUUUACUAUAUUACAGUAUCCAGCCAUUUACUAUAUUACAGUGCCCUGCCAUUUAAUAUAUUACAGUACCCAGCCAUUUACUAUAUUACAGCAUCCUGCCAUUUAAUAUAUUACAGUACCCUGCCAUUUAAUAUAUUACAGUACCCUGCCAUUUAAUAUAAUACAGUAAUCAGCCAUUUAAUAUAAUACAGUACCCUGCCAUUUAAUAUAUUACAGUACCCUGCCAUUUACUAUAUUACAGUACCCAGCCAUUUAAUAUAAUACAGUACCCAGCCAUUUACUAUAUUACAGUACCCAGCCAUUUAAUAUAAUACCGUACCCAGCCAUUUUAUAUAAUACAGUACCCAGCCAUUUUAUAUAAUACAGUACCCUGCCAUUUACUAUAUUACAGCAUCCUGCCAUUUAAUAUAAUACAGUACCCAGCCAUUUAAUACAUUACAGUACCCAGCCAUUUACUAUAUUACAGUACCCUACCAUAUAAUAUAAUACAGUACCCUGCCAUUUAAUAUAAUACAGUACCCUGCCAUUUACUAUAUUACAGCAUCCAGCAAUUUAAUAUAUUACAGUACCCUGCCAUUUAAUAUAAUACAGUACCCAGCCAUUUAAUAUAUUACAGUACCCUGCCAUUUAAUAUAAUACCGUACCCAGCCAUUUAAUAUAAUACAGUACCCUGACAUUUAAUAUAUUACAGUACCCUGCCAUUUAAUAUAAUACAGUACCCAGCCAUUUACUAUAUUACAGCAUCCUGCCAUUUAAUAUAAUACAGUACCCAGCCAUUUAAUAUAAUACAGUACCCUGCCAUUUAAUAUAAUACAGUACCCAGCCAUUUAAUAUAUUACAGUACCCUGCCAUUUAAUAUAAUACCAUACCCAGCCAUUUUAUAUAAUACAGUACCCAGCCAUUUACUAUAUUACAGUACCCAGCCAUUUAAUAUAAUACCGUACCCAGCCAUUUAAUAUAAUACAGUACCCAGCCAUUUACUAUAUUACAGUACCCUGCCAUUUAAUAUAUUACAGUAUCCUGCCAUUUACUAUAUUACAGCAUCCUGCCAUUUAAUAUAAUACAGUACCCUGCCAUUUAUUAUAUUACAGUACCCUGCUAUUUAAUAUAUUACAGUACCCAGCCAUUUACUAUAUUACAGCAUCCUGCCAUUUAAUAUAAUACAGUACAGGGGCGGGCUGGGCCAGGGGGCAGGGAGGCAAUGGCCCCCCAGGCCGCCCUAAAUAAUUUUAAAACCGGCCACUGCAGGGCCAGUCCUAAUGCUGCAGCAGCCUGAGCGCUCUGUUAAGAGCCUCAGGCGGCUGCAGCUGCUUCUCUCCUCCCCCCCACCUCCCCUGCCGCGUGGCCGAGCUCCUCUCCGGUCCGCGGUGCCCGGCCGGACUGAUAGGAAGGUGCACACUCAGUGUGCACUUCCUGUCAGUCCAGCCGGUUACAGGAAACAGAAACUCCUGUUCCGCGCGGAGUUUCUGUUUCCUGUAAUGAGCUGGACUGACAGGAAGUGCACACUGAGUGUGCUCCUUCCUAUCACUCCGGCCGGGAACCGCGGACCGGAGAGGAGCUCGGCCACGGGUAAGAAGAAGGGGUGGGGUAAGAAGAAGAGGGGGUAAGAAGGAAAAGGGGGUAUGAAGAAGAAGAAGGGUGGAGUAAGAAGAAGGGGGAGUAAGAAGAACAAGGAGGGGUAAGAAGAAGAGGGAGUAAGAAGAAGGGUUGGGGUAAGAAGAAGAGGGUGGUAAGAAGAAGAAAGGGGUAAGAAGAAGAAGGGUGGAGUAAGAAGAAGGGGGGAGUAAGAAGAACAAGGAGGGGUAAGAAGAACAUGUGGGGGGAGUAAGAAGAACAGGUGGGGGAGUAAGAAGAACAAGGGAGGUAAGAAGAAUGGGGGUAAGAAGAACAAAGGGGUAGUAAGAAGAACAAGGGGGGGAGUAAGAAGAACAAGGGGGGAAAAGAAGAACAAGGGAAGUAAGAAGAACACAAGGAGGAGGGGGAGAGUAAGGGUGAGGAGAAGGGGAGAUGAGGAGAAGGGGGGACUGAGAAGAACACAGGGAGGGUGGGUGGUGAGGAGAACACAGGGAGGAGAGGGGGUAAGAAGAACACAGCGGGGGGUGAGGAGAAGGGGAGAUGAGAACACAGGGAGGGGGGAGGUGAGAAGAACACAGGUGGGGGGAGGUGAGAAGAACACAGGGGGGGAGUGAGAAGAACACAGAGAGGGUGGAGGGGGGAUGAGAAGAGCACAGGGAGGGUGGGUGAGUGUGAGAACAGACCGCUAGGGGAGGGUGGGGGAGAGAUCUAAGGGACAGAAUGGACAGCUCUAUAGGACAGGGGGCAAGACAGGGAGCUCUUUCACACUACGGGCACAUGCACACACAAUGCAUCCCUGUACAUACACAGAAACACACAAUGCAUCCCUACACACACAGAAACACAACAUGCUUCCCUUACACACAAAGACAAUGCAUCCUUUGCACACAUACACAGAAACACACAAUGCAAAGCCUUACACACACAUGCAAACACACACACUGCUUUUCUUACGUACACACAGAAACACAAUGCACCCAAUCUCCCGGCCGCGUACCCCGUCCCUCCCUUUCCCUCUUCACCCAACUUUCCCCCCCCCCUUUUUUUUUACCAUCUUCUCCCCCUGGCCCUCUCCAGACUAGACAGGCCCGACUAAGGGGCCAGACUGAGCCCCAGAGUAAAAGUGAAACACAGAGAAGGUACUGGACCUCGGUCUGACCAGGCCACAGAUGUGGAGAAGGUCCCAGACCCCCUAGGCAGCAGCAGAAAACACGCACUAGGCAACUUGGACACCCCAGUCCUUUGAUACACCUCAACAUAAGGGACAGAGGCGGCAUUACACAAUAAGGCCCCACACCUGUCUGACACGACAGAUGACAUACAGACAGCACCACACCCCGAUCUAUACACCCAACCCAUUAUCUUGGAGACUGGUAAGCCACACACGCAUACCCACGCAGUGGGCACACGUCAGACGACGACUAUAUGCCCAGGCACUGGAUGGUCUGGAUCGCCCGACCCCACAGGCGUGGACUCAGUCCCGUAGUCCAUGGAGAUUUGCUCAGACUAGUCCAGACCCCGAUACAAGUGACUAACAAAACACCAGACUCAGUCCAAUCCCUACACCUACUAUGAGUAUACCCACACAACGGAGUCAACGCGACAGAAAUUAGGGAAUACGAUGCACUGUAAAUGUAACACCUUAUAUAGGCACAAAAGAUGCGGGAUUACAUGGCUCAAAUAAUGUAUACACAGACAAUCCUUAACCGGCAGAAAGGAAAGGACACUCAAUGGUAAACUGUAAACUAUCUCUGUAUUAGAUCAACCAUGACGUUGUAAGUCCUUGAAUACUCGAACGAAGCACAACUUAUGCCUAUUAUUCAUGUUCCUAUGUCUUAUUAUUGAAAAAUUACAAAAAUAAAGAUUGUCAAAAAAAAAAAUGCAUCUCUUACACACACUCAAUGCACACACAUAAAGACAAACACACACACCUUGCAUCCCUUAUGCAUACAAACACAGAUUCACACAAUGCAUCCCUUACACACAACCAGAAACACACAAUACAUCCCUUAUACACAAAUACACACUGCUUCCACUACACACUGCAUCACCUACACAAACUGGUAUCCCUAUACACUACAUACCAUAGGCACACAUAUUAUAUCCUCUACAAUAACACAUAACACAUCCCCUACACACUCCACUCCCUGUGAGCGAACUCAUGGGUGGGUGGAACAUAUAAGUGGACUUAUGAGUGGGCCUUAUGGGCAUACUCACCAUCAGGACCUGGGGCUCAGACCCUGAGCUGUGUAAGGGGCCCCCAAAAAAUGGAGCUGCUUCCAAUUCUCCCAGAACAUUGAAUUUUGUGACCACAGUUGCAAACAGCCUCCAGAGAUCCUGUUCUACACCAGACCAGUGGAGCCAAACUGCAGCCCAUCAUCAUCCUCAUCUGGUUGUAAGUAGGCAAUCUAGUAUAUUAUUAGUGACACUAAUCUAUAAUUUACCCCACAUUAAUAGGACACUAUAAUCCCCAGAACCACUUCAGCUUAAUGAAGUAGUUCUGGUGUCUAUAGCCGGUCCCUGCAGGCUUUUUAAUGUAAACACACACUGUGUGCAGCACUGGCGUUAGUUCAUAUGACAGAUCAUAUGGGUGGGGCAUUGUGAUGUCACAUAGGGGGCGGCAAAUUUUUAUUUUGCCUAGGGCGGCAAAAAUCCUUGCUCUGAUCCUGGGCAGGUGCACCAGUCUACUGGUGACCCACAGGAGGGGAGUGCACUGAUUGCACUGCACUCUCCUCCUGCCCAGACCCGUCUUUACCGGAGUGCAAAUGCCCUCUGCCCCUAAUUUACAGUGGCUCACACUCAAAGCAAGCAGUGCCUGGAGCCCUUUGCAGAGACGGGAAGAGGUUCUGCGGCAGCUGGCGGUCCUGCAAGCAUUACAUUAACCAGUUGUUCCCCAUGCAGCCAUAGGUGCCGCUGUGCUGGGAGAUUGUGAUUACUCUUCACUUCCUCCCAGCCUACAGAGCAGCGCAUGGGGGAGAGAGAGGAGGAGGCAUGAUUUAAUCUUACAACAAAUCCAGUAAGCAAAUCUUUAUAAAUUUGGGGGGAUCAGCUCUGUUUGCACAGUUUAUUGGUGUUUACUCUGAUGUCUGUAUUAAUAUUGAGGGAUGUCUAAGUAGUAAUAUCAGUGUGUGUCAGCAGGGCCAGCCGUUGGGGUGUGCAAGCUGUGCGGUCACGCAGGGUGCCAUGACAACAGAGGCGCCCGGCGGCCAACACAGCUCACAAGUUGGGGACACCAGCAUAUUCAAUUUAAACGAUUCGCUGGUGGUGCACUGGUGCGCACCAGUAGUAGAUUAUAGCCUCUCCCUCGUGGUUCCGGUGCUCAGUUAGUGAGUCAGAGCACAGGGUCAGAGAUUCUCAGCCUGCGCUCUGACAACAUUGAAAGUCAGAGCUGUGAAGGAGCGGGUAUUAGCAUAACAUCAAUAUCCGUUCUAAAACCAGGAAAAGGUGGGCAUGGAUGGUGAACUGAUUUGGUGGUGCAAUGGGCCACUUGACUGGUUUUGCCCCCCAGGCCUAAGGCUGCCAGCCCUCCCCUGAUACAGUACCCUGCCAUUUAUUAUAUUACAGUACCCUGCUAUUUAAUAUAUUACAGUACCCUGCCAUUUAAUAUAAUACAGUACUCUGCCAUUUAAUAUAAUACAGUACCCUGCCAUUUAAUAUAUUACAGUACCCUGCCAUUUAAUAUAAUACAGUACCCAGCCAUUUACUAUAUUACAGCAUCCUGCCAUUUAAUAUAAUACAGUGCCCCGCCAUUUAAUAUAAUACAGUACCCUGCCAUUUACUAUAUUACAGUACCCUGCCAUUUAAUAUAUUACAGUACCCUACCAUUUACUAUAUUACAGCAUCCUGCCAUUUAAUAUAAUACAGUACCCUGCCAUUUAAUAUAUUACAGUACCCUGCCAUUUAAUAUAAUACAGUACCCAGCCAUUUACUAUAUUACAGCAUCCUGCCAUUUAAUGUAAUACAGUACUCAGCCAUUUACUAUAUUACAGUACCCUGCCAUUUAAUAUAAUACAGUACCCACCCAUUUACUAUAUUACAGUACCCUGCCAUUUACUAUAUUACAGCAUCCUGCCAUUUAAUAUAAUACAGUACCCUGCCAUUUAAUAUAAUACAGUACCCAGCCAUUUAAUAUAUUACAGUACCCUGCCAUUUAAUAUAAUACCAUACCCAGCCAUUUUAUAUAAUACAGUACCCAGCCAUUUAAUAUAAUACAGUACCCAGCCAUUUACUAUAUUACAGUACCCAGCCAUUUAAUAUAAUACCGUACCCAGCCAUUUAAUAUAAUACAGUACCCAGCCAUUUACUAUAUUACAGUACCCUGCCAUUUAAUAUAUUACAGUACCCUACCAUUUACUAUAUUACAGCAUCCUGCCAUUUAAUAUAAUACAGUACCCUGCCAUUUAAUAUAUUACAGUAUCCUGCCAUUUACUAUAUUACAGUAUCCUGCCAUUUAAUAUAUUACAGUACCCAGCCAUUUACUAUAUUACAGUAUCCUGCCAUUUAAUAUAUUACAGUAUCCUGCCAUUUAAUAUAUUACAGUACCCAGCCAUUUAAUAUAAUACAGUAUCCAGCCAUUUACUAUAUUACAGUACCCAGCCAUUUAAUAUAAUACAGUACCCAGCCAUUUACUAUAUUACAGUACCCAGCCAUUUACUAUAUUACAGUACCCUGCCAUUUAAUAUAAUACAGUACCCAGCCAUUUACUAUAUUACAGUAUCCAGCCAUUUAAUAUAAUACAGUACCCUGCCAUUUAAUAUAUUACAGUACCCUGCCAUUUACUAUAUUACAGUACCCAGCCAUUUAAUAUAAUACAGUACCCAGCCAUUUACUAUAUUACAGUACCCAGCCAUUUACUAUAUUACAGCAUCCUGCCAUUUAAUGUAAUACAGUACUCAGCCAUUUACUAUAUUACAGUACCCUGCCAUUUAAUAUAAUACAGUACCCAGCCAUUUACUAUAUUACAGUACCCUGCCAUUUACUAUAUUACAGCAUCCUGCCAUUUAAUAUAAUACAGUACCCUGCCAUUUAAUAUAAUACAGUACCCAGCCAUUUAAUAUAUUACAGUACCCUGCCAUUUAAUAUAAUACCAUACCCAGCCAUUUUAUAUAAUACAGUACCCAGCCAUUUAAUAUAAUACAGUACCCAGCCAUUUACUAUAUUACAGUACCCAGCCAUUUAAUAUAAUACCGUACCCAGCCAUUUAAUAUAAUACAGUACCCAGCCAUUUACUAUAUUACAGUACCCUGCCAUUUAAUAUAUUACAGUACCCUACCAUUUACUAUAUUACAGCAUCCUGCCAUUUAAUAUAAUACAGUACCCUGCCAUUUAAUAUAUUACAGAAUCCUGCCAUUUACUAUAUUACAGUAUCCUGCCAUUUACUAUAUUACAGUAUCCUGCCAUUUAAUAUAUUACAGUACCCAGCCAUUUACUAUAUUACAGUAUCCUGCCAUUUAAUAUAUUACAGUAUCCUGCCAUUUAAUAUAUUACAGUACCCAGCCAUUUAAUAUAAUUCAGUAUCCAGCCAUUUACUAUAUUACAGUACCCAGCCAUUUAAUAUAAUACAGUACCCAGCCAUUUACUAUAUUACAGUACCCAGCCAUUUACUAUAUUACAGUACCCUGCCAUUUAAUAUAAUACAGUACCCAGCCAUUUACUAUAUUACAGUAUCCAGCCAUUUAAUAUAAUACAGUACCCUGCCAUUUAAUAUAUUACAGUAUCCUGCCAUUUAAUAUAUUACAGUACCCAGCCAUUUAAUAUAAUUCAGUAUCCAGCCAUUUACUAUAUUACAGUACCCAGCCAUUUAAUAUAAUACAGUACCCAGCCAUUUACUAUAUUACAGUACCCAGCCAUUUACUAUAUUACAGUACCCUGCCAUUUAAUAUAAUACUUUACCCAGCCAUUUACUAUAUUACAGUAUCCAGCCAUUUAAUAUAAUACAGUACCCUGCCAUUUAAUAUAUUACAGUAUCCUGCCAUUUAAUAUAUUACAGUACCCAGCCAUUUAAUAUAAUACAGUAUCCAGCCAUUUACUAUAUUACAGUACCCAGCCAUUUAAUAUAAUACAGUACCCAUCCAUUUACUAUAUUACAGUACCCAGCCAUUUACUAUAUUACAGUACCAAGCCAUUUAAUAUAAUACAGUACCCAGCCAUUUACUAUAUUACAGUACCCAGCCAUUUACUAUAUUACAGUACCCUGCCAUUUACUAUAUUACAGUAUCCAGCCAUUUAAUAUAAUACAGUACCCUGCCAUUUAAUAUAUUACAGUAUCCUGCCAUUUAAUAUAUUACAGUACCCAGCCAUUUAAUAUAAUACAGUAUCCAGCCAUUUACUAUAUUACAGUACCCAGCCAUUUAAUAUAAUACAGUACCCUGCCAUUUAAUAUAUUACAGUAUCCUGCCAUUUAAUAUAUUACAGUAUCCAGCCAUUUAAUAUAAUACAGUACCCUGCCAUUUAAUAUAUUACAGUAUCCUGCCAUUUAAUAUAUUACAGUACCCAGCCAUUUAAUAUAAUACAGUAUCCAGCCAUUUACUAUAUUACAGUACCCAGCCAUUUAAUAUAAUACAGUACCCUGCCAUUUAAUAUAUUACAGUACCCUGCCAUUUACUAUAUUACAGUAUCCAGCCAUUUAAUAUAAUACAGUACCCUGCCAUUUAAUAUAUUACAGUAUCCUGCCAUUUAAUAUAUUACAGUACCCAGCCAUUUAAUAUAAUACAGUAUCCUGCCAUUUACUAUAUUACAGUACCCAGCCAUUUAAUAUAAUACAGUACCCUGCCAUUUACUAUAUUACAGUACCCAGCCAUUUAAUAUAAUACAGUACCCAGCCAUUUACUAUAUUACAGUACCCAGCCAUUUAAUAUAAUACAGUACCCUGCCAUUUACUAGAUUACAGUACCCAGCCAUUUAAUAUAAUACAGUACCCAGCCAUUUACUAUAUUACAGUACCCUGCCAUUUACUAUAUUACAGUACCCAGCCAUUUAAUAUAAUACAGUACCCAGCCAUUUACUAUAUUACAGUACCAUGCCAUUUAAUAUAUUACAGUACCCAGCCAUUUACUAUAUUACAGUAUCCAGCCAUUUAAUAUAAUACAGCAUUCUGCCAUUUAAUAUAAUACAGUACCCUGCCAUUUAAUAUAAUACAGUACCCAGCCAUUUAAUAUAUUACAGUACCCUGCCAUUUAAUAUAAUACCAUACCCAGCCAUUUUAUAUAAUACAGUACCCAGCCAUUUAAUAUAAUACAGUACCCAGCCAUUUACUAUAUUACAGUACCCAGCCAUUUAAUAUAAUACCGUACCCAGCCAUUUAAUAUAAUACAGUACCCAGCCAUUUACUAUAUUACAGUACCCUGCCAUUUAAUAUAUUACAGUACCCUACCAUUUACUAUAUUACAGCAUCCUGCCAUUUAAUAUAAUACAGUACCCUGCCAUUUAAUAUAUUACAGUAUCCUGCCAUUUACUAUAUUACAGUAUCCUGCCAUUUAAUAUAUUACAGUACCCAGCCAUUUACUAUAUUACAGUAUCCUGCCAUUUAAUAUAUUACGGUAUCCUGCCAUUUAAUAUAUUACAGUACCCAGCCAUUUAAUAUAAUACAGUAUCCAGCCAUUUACUAUAUUACAGUACCCAGCCAUUUAAUAUAAUACAGUACCCAGCCAUUUACUAUAUUACAGUACCCAGCCAUUUACUAUAUUACAGUACCCUGCCAUUUAAUAUAAUACAGUACCCAGCCAUUUACUAUAUUACAGUAUCCAGCCAUUUAAUAUAAUACAGUACCCUGCCAUUUAAUAUAUUACAGUACCCUGCCAUUUACUAUAUUACAGUACCCAGCCAUUUAAUAUAAUACAGUACCCAGCCAUUUACUAUAUUACAGUACCCAGCCAUUUACUAUAUUACAGCAUCCUGCCAUUUAAUGUAAUACAGUACUCAGCCAUUUACUAUAUUACAGUACCCUGCCAUUUAAUAUAAUACAGUACCCAGCCAUUUACUAUAUUACAGCAUCCUGCCAUUUAAUAUAAUACAGUACCCUGCCAUUUAAUAUAAUACAGUACCCAGCCAUUUAAUAUAUUACAGUACCCUGCCAUUUAAUAUAAUACCAUACCCAGCCAUUUUAUAUAAUACAGUACCCAGCCAUUUAAUAUAAUACAGUACCCAGCCAUUUACUAUAUUACAGUACCCAGCCAUUUAAUAUAAUACCGUACCCAGCCAUUUAAUAUAAUACAGUACCCAGCCAUUUACUAUAUUACAGUACCCUGCCAUUUAAUAUAUUACAGUACCCUACCAUUUACUAUAUUACAGCAUCCUGCCAUUUAAUAUAAUACAGUACCCUGCCAUUUAAUAUAUUACAGUAUCCUGCCAUUUACUAUAUUACAGUAUCCUGCCAUUUAAUAUAUUACAGUACCCAGCCAUUUACUAUAUUACAGUAUCCUGCCAUUUAAUAUAUUACAGUAUCCUGCCAUUUAAUAUAUUACAGUACCCAGCCAUUUAAUAUAAUACAGUAUCCAGCCAUUUACUAUAUUACAGUACCCAGCCAUUUAAUAUAAUACAGUACCCUGCCAUUUACUAUAUUACAGUACCCAGCCAUUUACUAUAUUACAGUAUCCUGCCAUUUAAUAUAUUACAGUACCCAGCCAUUUACUAUAUUACAGUAUCCUGCCAUUUAAUAUAUUACAGUAUCCUGCCAUUUAAUAUAUUACAGUAUCCUGCCAUGUACUAUGUUAAAGUAUCCUGCCAUUUAAUAUAAUACAGUACCCUGCCAUGUACUAUAUUACAGUACCCUGCGAUUUAAUAUAAUACAGUGCCCUGCCAUUUAAUAUAUUACAGUACCCUGCCAUUUAAUGUAAUACAGUACCCUGCCAUUUAAUAUAUUACAGUACUGGACUAACAGACAUUUAAUUGUAACCAUACCACUCAAUGUACAGGAACAGAGAGGUGGAGGGCCCUGCUCAAUGAGCUUACAUUACAUUUACGAUUGUGGUGCGUGACAACUGGUUUUGGAAACACUGAUGAGACCCGAGUCUUGUAAAUUGGUUCACUACCUGGAUGCCUGAUCCCUCAUUGCUGGAGUUUCUGGGACAAAUUAAUUUUCUGCAGCACUGGAUUAGUUUAGGAAUCAGGGAUUAAUUAACACAUUGAUGUACCCAUCCGUUUUAUCAAACAUCUCAUUGUCUUAGUGACUCUCAACAUCAGCUGAAGAUCCUCAGGGGAAUGGCCCACUGAUGUUCUUGGUAUAUUGAAUGGGACAUAUCUAUGUGCUCUCACUGUUGAAGAAUUUCCAUGGAUAAUUCGGGGGCCUGGUGGCAAUCUGUCCUGGGUGACAAGCAGCAGGGGGUGACCUGAGCACCCACCUAUAACAAUAUAGGUAUAUCAAUGUGUGUGAAUAUAUGUGUGUGUAUAUGAAUAUGUGUGUGUGUGGAUAUGCAUGUUCAUACGUGUGAAUAUGUGUAUGUGUGUAAAUGUGAGUGUGUGAAUAUGUAUGUGCAUGUGAAGAUACAUGCAUGUGAGCAUGUGUCUGUAUAACAAAAUAAACAUCUACAGUUUGGGGGCGGUGGGUGCCUGUUGAACAUCUGUAUUCCUAACAGUAUAGUGCCCUCCUGUCCCCCCUCACUCUCGGCCCCCUCUCUUGCAGUGAAAUGGUUAAAAAAACAUUUAUUUGCUCUCUCAGUUCCAGUGGCGGUCGGUGCUAUGCAUCCUACAAUAUCAUCAGACGGGGGACCUAAUGUUCAUGUGCGGAGAGCACUGUGAGAGCAUUAGGGCCUCCACAAGGAAAGCAUUAAAUUCAUGAUUUCCUGUAGGGAUUUAAUUGAUGCUAGAUGCCCUCAUGCAGAGAGUGAGGACGCCCAGUGUCAGUUAAGUGGCUUAAAGUUGGAUAAAAUCCCAGAAGUGCCUCUACCGUGACAGCCACAAGGGGCUGUCUUUGUGCUGCAAUGUAAACAUUUCAAUUUCUAAAAAAUGUAAUGUUUUACAAUGCAGGACUAAGUGGGACAGGGACAUUGAACCCAGACCUCUUCAAUGAGAUGAAGUGGUCUGGGUGCCUAUAGUGUCCCUUUUAGGUACACCUCUGGACCAGUUUUCACAGUUUUUUGUUUUUUUUUCUAAAAACAUUUCACCAUACCUAUAUCUAGUAUGGACUGAAAAUAAUAAAAAAAAAAUAACCCAAAGUUAUCCUGUAUGAAAAUUAGACACUUAUUUAUUACAGAGAAAAAACUCUGUGACUGAACAUAUAUAUUUGUGAUUUUCCUCUAGUCAUUGUGCUCGUAUCUGGACAGACAGAAACCCCAGGAGGGAAUGUAUCUACUACUUUAUUGGAAGUUGUUGUCACUUCUCCAAUGGCUGGAUCUAAUGCAGGAACUGAUAUUAAUACCCAUACUGAGUCACAAAGCACAUCAAUUACCAGCACCACCACUGGACAUAAAGAAGACAUUAUACCUAGUACCACUGCUGAGUCCCAUAGUCCAUCUAUCACCAACACCAAAGCUGGACCAAAUGAAGAAAUUAUAACUAGUACCACUGCUGAGUCCCAUAGCCAAUCCAUCACCAGCACCAACGCUGGACCUAAAGAGGACAUUAUACCUAGUACAACCGUACAGUCCAAUAGUCCAUCUAUCACCAGCACCACCCCUGGACCUAAAGAGGACAAUAUACCUAGUACAACUGAUGAAACACAAAGCCAAACUAACACCAGUGCCACUGAUGGACCUGAUGCAGAAAUUAAAAUUAGUUCUACUGAGUCACAUGGACCAAAGACCACCAGUUCCAAUAGUUUUAUUGCAUCAACAACAGAAUUAAGUGUCACAUCUAAAAUUAAUAAUGAAACUACAGCCAUGUGGUCACUGAGUACCACUAUAAGUAUUGUCUCUAAUACUGUAUCAGAUAUCACAAGCAGUACAAGUAAUCUCACUAGUAAAGUGUCAGUAGAAGAUACAAGUGAGAACACAAGCAGUUUUACAGAUAUCAGAACAAGUGAUGUGACUAACAGUGUGCUAGUGGUGAAUACAAGUGAAGACACAAACAGUUAUCCAGACAGCAGUACAAAUAAUAUCACUAGCAUUGUGACAAUGACGGAUACAAGUGAAGUCACAAACAGUUAUCCAGACAGCAGUACAAAUAAUAUCACUAGCAUUGUGACAGUGACAGAAACAAGUGAAGACACAAGUAGUUAUCCAGACACCAGUACAAAUAAUAUCACUAGCAUUGUGACAGUGACAGAUACAAGUGAAGACACAAGCAGUUAUCCAGACAGCAGUACAAAUAAUAUCACUAGCAUUGUGACAAUGACGGAUACAAGUGAAGUCACAAACAGUUAUCCAGACAGCAGUACAAAUAAUAUCACUAGCAUUGUGACAGUGACAGAAACAAGUGAAGACACAAGUAGUUAUCCAGACACCAGUACAAAUAAUAUCACUAGCAUUGUGACAGUGACAGAUACAAGUGAAGACACAAGCAGUUAUCCAGACAUCAGUACAAAUAAUAUCACUAGCAUUGUGACAGUGACAGAAACAAGUGAAGUCACAAUCAGUUAUCCAGACACCAGUACAACUAAUAUCACUAGCAUUGUAACAGUGACAGAAACAAGUGAAGACACAAACAGUUAUCCAGACACCAGUACAAAUAAUAUCACUAGCAGUGUGACAGUGACAGAAACAAGUGAAGACACAAGCAGUUAUCCAGACACCAUUGCAAAUAAUAUCACAAGCAUUGUGACAGUGACAGAUACAAGUGAAGACACAAGCAGUUAUCCAGACAUCAGUACAAAUACUAUCACUAGCAUUGUGACAGUGACCGAUACAAGUGAAGACACAAGCAGUUAUCCAGACACCAGUACAAAUAAUAUCACUAGCAUUGUGACAGUGACAGAUACAAGUGAAGUCACAAGCAGUUUUACAGACACCAGUACAAAUAAUAUCACUAGCAUUGUGACGAUGACAGAUACAAGUGAAGACACAAGUAGUUUUCCAGACACCAGUACAAAUAAUAUCACUAGAAGUGUGAUGGUGACAGAUAAAAGUGAAGACACAAGUAGUUUUCCAGACACCAGUACAAAUAAUAUCACUAGAAGUGUGACGGUGACAGAUACAAGUGAACACACAGGCAGUUUUACAGACACCAGUACAAAUAAUAUCACUAGCAUUGUGACAGUGACAGAUACAAGUGAAGACACAAGCAGUUAUCCAGACACCAGUACAAAUAAUAUCACUAGCAGUGUGACAGUGACAGAUACAAGUGAAGACACAAGCAGUUUUCCGGACAACAGUACAAAUAAUAUCACUAGCAUUGUGACAGUGACAGAUACAAGUGAAGACACAAGUAGUUUUCCAGACACCAGUACAAAUAAUAUCACUAGCAUUGUGACAGUGACAGAUACAAGUGAAGACACAAGCAGUUUUCCAGACACCAGUACAAAUAAUAUCACUAGCAUUGUGACAGUGACAGAAACAAGUGAAGACACAAGCAGUUAUCCAGACACCAGUACAAAUAAUAUCACUAGCAUUGUGACAGUGACAGAGAAAAGUGAAGACACAAGCAGUUAUCCAGACACCAAUACAAAUAAUAUCACUAGCAUUGUGACAGUGACAGAAACAAGUGAAGACACAAGCAGUUUUCCGGACAACAGUACAAAUAAUAUCACUAGCAUUGUGACAGUGACAGAUACAAGUGAAGACACAAGUAGUUUUCCAGACACCAGUACAAAUAAUAUCACUAGAAGUGUGACGGUGACAGAUACAAGUGAACACACAGGCAGUUUUACAGACACCAGUACAAAUAAUAUCACUAGCAUUGUGACAGUGACAGAUACAAGUGAAGACACAAGCAGUUAUCCAGACACCAGUACAAAUAAUAUCACUAGCAGUGUGACAGUGACAGAUACAAGUGAAGACACAAGCAGUUUUCCGGACAACAGUACAAAUAAUAUCACUAGCAUUGUGACAGUGACAGAUACAAGUGAAGACACAAGUAGUUUUCCAGACACCAGUACAAAUAAUAUCACUAGCAUUGUGACAGUGACAGAUACAAGUGAAGACACAAGCAGUUUUCCAGACACCAGUACAAAUAAUAUCACUAGCAUUGUGACAGUGACAGAAACAAGUGAAGACACAAGCAGUUAUCCAGACACCAGUACAAAUAAUAUCACUAGCAUUGUGACAGUGACAGAGAAAAGUGAAGACACAAGCAGUUAUCCAGACACCAGUACAAAUAAUAUCACUAGCAUUGUAACAGUGACAGAGAAAAGUGAAGACACAAGCAGUUAUCCAGACACCAGUACAAAUAAUAUCACUAGCAUUGUGACAGUGACAGAAACAAGUGAAGACACAAGCAGUUUUCCGGACAACAGUACAAAUAAUAUCACUAGCAUUGUGACAGUGACAGAUACAAGUGAAGACACAAGCAGUUUUCCAGACACCAGUACAAAUAAUAUCACUAGCAUUGUGACAGUGACAGAGAAAAGUGAAGACACAAGCAGUUAUCCAGACACCAGUACAAAUAAUAUCACUAGCAUUGUGACAGUGACAGAGAAAAGUGAAGACACAAGCAGUUAUCCAGACACCAGUACAAAUAAUAUCACUAGCAGUGUGACAGUGACAGAUACAAGUGAAGACACAAGCAGUUUUCCGGACAACAGUACAAAUAAUAUCACUAGCAUUGUGACAGUGACAGAUACAAGUGAAGACACAAGUAGUUUUCCAGACACCAGUACAAAUAAUAUCACUAGAAGUGUGACGGUGACAGAUACAAGUGAACACACAGGCAGUUUUACAGACACCAGUACAAAUAAUAUCACUAGCAUUGUGACAGUGACAGAGAAAAGUGAAGACACAAGCAGUUAUCCAGACACCAGUACAAAUAAUAUCACUAGCAUUGUGACAGUGACAGAAACAAGUGAAGACACAAGUAGUUUUCCAGACAACAGUACAAAUAAUAUCACUAGCAUUGUGACAGUGACAGAUACAAGUGAAGACAGAAGCAGUUUUCCAGACACCAGUACAAAUAAUAUCACUAGCAUUGUGACAGUGACAGAGAAAAGUGAAGACACAAGCAGUUAUCCAGACACCAGUACAAAUAAUAUCACUAGCAUUGUAACAGUGACAGAGAAAAGUGAAGACACAAGCAGUUAUCCAGACACCAGAACAAAUAAUAUCACUAGCAUUGUGACAGUGACAGAGAAAAGUGAAGACACAAGCAGUUUUCCAGACAGCAGAACAAAUAAUAUCACUAGCGAUGUGACAGUGACAGAAACGAGUGAAGACACAAGUAGUUUUCCAGUUAUCAGUACAAAUAAUAUCACUAGCAUUGUGACAGUGACAGAUACAAGUGAAGUCACAAGCAGUUUUACAGACACCAGUACAAAUAAUAUCACUAGCAGUGUGACAGUGACAGAAACAAGUGAAGACACAAGCAGUUAUCCAGACACCAGUACAAAUAAUAUCACUAGCAUUGUGACAGUGACAGAAACAAGUGAAGACACAAGCAGUUAUCCAGACACCAUUGCAAAUAAUAUCACUAGCAUUGUGACAGUGACAGAUACAAGUGAAGACACAAGCAGUUAUCCAGACAUCAGUACAAAUAAUAUCACUAGCAUUGUGACAGUGACCGACACAAGCGAAGACACAAGCAGUUUUCCAGACACCAGUGCAAAUAAUAUCACUAGCAUUGUGAGAGUGACAGAUACAAGUGAAGUCACAAGCAGUUUUACAGACACCAGUACAAAUAAUAUCACUGGCAUUGUGACAGUGACAGAUACAAGUGAAGACACAAGUAGUUUUCCAGACACCAGUACAAAUAAUAUCACUAGAAGUAUGACGGUGACAGAUACAAGUGAACACACAAGCAGUUUUACAGACACCAGUACAAAUAAUAUCACUAGCAUUGUGACAGUGACAGAUACAAGUGAAGACACAAGCAGUUAUCCAGACACCAGUACAAAUAAUAUCACUAGCAGUGUGACAGUGACACAAACAAGUGAAGACACAAGCAGUUUUCCCAAUACCAGCACAAAUAAUAUCACUAGCAUUGUGACAGUGAAAGAAACAAGUGAAGACACAAGCAGUUAUCCAGACACCAGUACAAAUAAUAUCACUAGCAGUUUGGCAGUGACAGAAACAAGUGAAGACACAAGCAGUUAUCCAGACAUCAGUACAAAUAAUAUCACUAGCAUUGUGACAGUGACAGAUACAAGUGAAGACACAAGCAGUUAUCCAGACAGCAGUACAAAUAGUAUCACCAGCAGUGUGACAGUGACAGAAACAAGUGAAGACACAAGCAGUUUUCCAGACACCAGUACAAAUAAUAUCACUAGCAUUGUGACAGUGACAGAAACAAGUGAAGACACAAGCAGUUAUCCAGACAUCAGUACAAAUAAUAUCACUAGCAUUGUGACAGUGACAGAAACAAGUGAAGACACAAGCAGUUAUCCAGACAUCAGUACAAAUAAUAUCACUAGCAUUGUGACAGUGAUAGAAACAAGUGAAGACACAAGCAGUUAUCCAGACAUCAGUACAAAUAAUAUCACUAGCAUUGUGACAGUGGCAGAUACAAGUGAAGUCACAAGCAGUUUUCCUGGUAUCAGUACAGAUGAUGUCACUAGCAUUGUGACAGUGACAGAUACAAGCGAAGACACAAGCAGUUAUCCAGAUAUCAGUACAAAUAAUAUCACUAGCAUUGUGACAGUGACAGAAACAAGUGAAGACACAAGCAGUGUUCCAGACACCAGUACAAAUAAUAUCACUAGCAUUGUGACAGUGACAGAAACAAGUGAAGACACAAGCAGUUAUCCAGACACCAGUACAAAUAAUAUCAGUAGCAUUGUGACAGAAACAAGUGAAGACACAAGCAGUUUUCCCAAUAACAGCACAAAUAAUAUCACUAGCAUUGUGACAGUGACAGAUACAAGUGAAGACACAAGCAGUUUUCCCAAUACCAGCACAAAUAAUAUCACUAGCAGUGUGACAGUGACAGAAACAAGUGAAGACACAAUCAGUUUUCCCAAUACCAGUACAAAUAAUGUCACUAGCAUUGUGACAGUGACAGAUACAAGUGAAGACACAAGCAGUUUUCCAGACACCAGUACAAAUAAUAUCACUAGCAUUGUGACAGUGACAGAAACAAGUGAAGACACAAGCAGUUAUCUAGACACCAGUACAAAUAAUAUCACUAGCAGUGUGACAGUGACAGAAAUAAGUGAAGACACAAGCAGUUAUCCAGACACCAGUACAAAUAAUAUCACUAGCAGUGUGACAGUGACAGAGAAAAGUGAAGACACAAGCAGUUAUCCAGACACAAGUACAAAUAAUAUCACUAGCAGUGUGACAGUGACAGAAACAAGUGAAGACACAAGCAGUUUUCCCAAUACCAGCAGAAAUAAUAUCACUAGAAAUGUGUCAUUGCCAGAUACAAGGGUAACCACAAGCAAUUUUACACAUAGCAGUACAAAUAAUAUCACUAGCAAUAUGAUAGUGACAAAUAGAAGUGAAGACACAAGCAGUUUGUCUGAUUUCAGUUCUAGUAAUCCCACUCGCAGUGUGACAAUAGAAAAUACAAUUGAAGAUGCAAGCGGUGUGCCAGAUAUUAGUGAAAGUCAGCCUAGCAGCAUCUUACCAAACACUACUACAAUUCUACUUACUAGCCCUACAGAUAGACGGCCAACUAGUACUACAAGUCAACCUACCAGCCCUACCGAUAGCUGGAUAACUAGUACCCCAAGUCAACCUACCAGACUUACCAAUAGUUGGCCAGCUAGUGCUAAAACUUCGCCUACUGAUAGUUCGUUAACCAGUACUACAAGUCAACCUAACAGCCCUACCAAUAGCUGGCUAACUAGUACUACAAGUCAACCUACCAGCCUUACAGAUAGUUGGCCAACUAGUACUAAAAGUCCACCUACCGAUAGUUCGUUAACUAGUACAACAAGUCAACCUACCAGCACUACCGUUAGUUGGCUAACUAGUACUACAAGUCAACCUACAAACCCUACCGAUAGUUGGCCAACUAGUACUACAAGUCAAACAUCCAGCAGUUGGACAAACAAUUCUACAUAUCAAGUUACCGAUGGUAGCUUUGUGCCCAGUAGCACUUUCCUUCCAAGUCCUACAAGAAAUCAAUUGGGUGAGUAGUAAUUUUAAAGUUAUUAUAAAUGUUUUGCAUUUGUAUACAAAGCUCUAUUCAGUGCCUGUGAAUUUAGCUUUUUGACUCAGACAUAAGAUGUUCAUACCUUUGUAGCCUCUGGCACAGCUGCUUUACUUUACCUCUACCCGUGUAACGAGAAUAUACCCCUACACGCAGGAUCCAGCUAAACAGAGGCAAAUACAGAGGAGAGAUACGUCUACCGGACCUUAGAAUGGCCGGACUUGACGUAUAUGAGAGAAGACAGAGCCAGGAACAAACCGAGGUCAAGGGCACAGAGAGACAGCGUAAACUAGGACAAGCCGGGGUCUGGUACACGGAAAACAGCAAGCCGGCAAACAGUACAGAUAAGGAUAAAGCGAAAACGAAGUCAGAAUACGAAGCCAAAGUCAAUACGAGAAAACACAACUGAACACCACAAGCGCUAAAGGGAACUGAAACAGAAACCACGAUAGGGCAAGGAACAAAGGGAAGAAGGUGAGUAUAAAUACCUAAACAUCUAAUUUGAUUGGUCCCUGUCACAUCCACGCCCCCAAAAGGUAAGUGUAUGGGGAGUGUGGCAUGACAGGGACCAAUGGGAUGCCUUUUCCAAUUUAGGCACCCACUGUCCCUUUAAGAGCGCGCCCGAGACUCGCGGCGCGCUCUUAGUUUCAGGCGGGACACGUGACCGCCUCACGCGGUCACUGCCCGCCCUCCAUCCGAAGUAGUUGGAUGAGCCGCGCGCGGCUCGUGCAGCCGCAGGACCGCGCGCGGCUUGAAGAGAGGACCGCGACCGGCCCCCGGUUAAGGUAAGUAACGCUACAGUACCCCCCCCUGAGGACACGCCCCCCGGGCGGGUAGGACCAGGCCUGGCAGGAAAACGUGAAUGGAAAGAGCGCACAAGACGGGGAGCAUGGACAGCAUCGGCCGAAAUCCAACUGUGCUCCUCAGGCCCAUAACCCUUCCAAUGUACCAAGUACUGAAGUCGACCCCUAAGGAAACGAGAGUCAAGAACAGCAGACACUUCAAACUCCUCAUGACCCUCCACCGAGAUAGGAGGGGGAGGAGGAGUAUGCCGGGUAUAGCGGUUGCGUACGAAAGGUUUCAACAAUGAGGUGUGAAAAACAUUAGGAAUACGUAGAUUCUUAGGCAGGCCCAAGGCAUAAGAAACAGGAUUAACCUUAUGUAUAAUACGAUAAGGUCCAAUGAAGCGGGGAGCCAAUUUCAUAGAAGGCACCCGGAGACGAAUAUUCCGCGUGGAAAGCAAAACCCUGUCCCCCACAACAUAGGACGGAGCUGCUCUGCGAUGCUUGUCAGCCUGAGCCUUCUGGCGAGUAGCAGAGUCCACCAAAGAACGCUGAACCUGCUCCCAAGUAUUACGCAAACCAGCCAAAUGCUCAUCCAGAACUGGCAUGCCCUGUGAGGAGAAUGCAGCCGGAAGAACAACGGGAUGCUGGCCAUAGACAACGUAAAAAGGGCUCUUGCCGGAAGAAUCAUGAGUGGCGUUAUUCCGAGCAAAUUCAGCCCAAGGAAGCAGGUCAGACCAAUUGUCCUGAUGGUGAGACACAAAACAACGGAGGUAUUGCUCCAGAGACUGGUUGGCACGUUCAGCAGCCCCAUUAGACUGGGGAUGAUAAGCGGAAGAAAAUGAGAGAGAAAUACCCAUUUCUGAACAAAAGGCCCUCCAGAACCUGGAAAUAAAUUGGCUACCCCUAUCGGAUACAAUAGAUACGGGAAUCCCAUGUAAUCGAAAUACUUCUCUAGCGAAGAUAUGAGCCAGUUCCUUGGAUGUGGGCAACUUGCGAAGAGACACGAAGUGAGCCAUUUUGGAGAACCGAUCCACUAUCAUCAGGAUUACUGUGUUACCAUUUGAAGGGGGUAAUUCAACAAUAAAAUCCAUGGACAGGUUAGACCAAGGUCUCUCGGGAACGGGUAACGGAUGCAACAGCCCACAAGGAACUCUACGGGAGGAUUUCAUACAGGCACAAGUAGUACAAGCACUUAUAUAGUCAGUGACAUCCUUUCGUAAGGAAUCCCACCAAAAAUACCGAGAAACAGCUGACACCGUUUUGGAAAUACCAGGAUGUCCAGCGGUCUUAGUAUCAUGAUAUAAUGACAUAAUAUCCCGUCUCUCAGGAACAUCAACGAACAGUUUAUCAUUAGGCCUCUCGCUAGGUGCCAUGCUUUGUUUCGCUUGUAUGGCCUGCAAGAGGGACGAGGAAAUAGACAAAAUAGUAGUAGCUAUUAUCCUGUCUGGGGGAAUGACAGGAGUAACAUCAAUCUCCUGUUUGUCAGUAGUUUCGAACUGUCUGGACAGAGCGUCUGCUUUAGUGUUGCGAUCACCUGGCCUAUAGGUGAUAAUAAAAUUGAAACGAGACAAAAAUAGUGACCACCUAGCCUGCCUGGAAGACAAUCUUUUGGCUUCGCUAAGAUAGGAUAGGUUCUUGUGAUCCGUAAAAAUGAGGAUAGGAUCCUUAGUUCCCUCUAACAAAUGUCUCCACUCUUUAAGUGCUAAAAUAAUAGCAAGGAGUUCGCGAUUACCCACAUCAUAAUUUUUCUCUGCUUUGGACAUUUGUUUAGAAAAGAAGCCGCAUGGAUGCAAUGGCUUCUCAGGCGACUCUCUUUGGGACAAGACAGCACCUACCCCAAUAUCCGAAGCAUCAACUUCAAGAAUAUAGGGCAGUGAGGGGACAGGAUGCUGUAAAAUAGGUGCAGAGGCGAACGUAGUUUUAAGAAAUUCAAAAGCCUGAAGUGCCUCGGUAGACCAAACACGAGUAUUGCCAUCCUUUUUAGUCAUACGGGUAAUAGGUGCUACAAUGGACGAGAAACCUUUGAUAAAACGUCUAUAAUAAUUGGAGAACCCAAGAAAACGCUGAAUAGCUUUCAGACCUUGCGGUAGAGGCCAUUCUAUUACAGCAGCUAGCUUCUGGGGAUCCAUACGAAAACCUUUAGCGGAAAUCAAAUACCCCAAGAACUGGACUUCGGUUUGGUCAAACAGACAUUUUUCUAGCUUGCAAUAAAGACCAUUAGCAAGAAGGGUCUUCAAAACUGUCGUAACAUGUCUGUGAUGAGUGUGUAUAUCUGCAGAAUAUAUUAAAAUGUCGUCCAAGUAUACGAUAACAAAUGUGUGAAUAAAAUCUCUCAAUACAUCAUUAAUAAAUUCUUGGAAUACUGCUGGGGCAUUGCAAAGCCCAAAUGGCAUAACAGUGUAUUCGUAAUGACCGGAUCUAGUGUUGAAUGCAGUCUUCCAUUCGUGAUUUUCCUUUAUACGUAUCAAAUUGUAUGCAUUCCUAAGGUCUAAUUUAGUGAACACAGUGGCAUGUUUCAGCCCGUCAAAUAAUUCUGUAAUCAAAGGUAUAGGGUAUGCAUUUUUGAUAGUGAUUUUGUUUAGACCUCUAUAAUCUAUACACGGUCUUAAAUCACCUUCUUUCUUUGAUACAAAGAAGAACCCUGCUCCAGCUGGAGAAGAGGAUCUCCUAAUAAACCCUUUUUCUAAUGAUUCCUUGAUGUACUCCUCCAUGACACGGUUUUCUUGAACCGAUAAGGGGUACACCCUGCCCUUUGGAGGUAUAGUGCCAGGCAACAAGUUAAUAGCGCAAUCAUAGGGUCUGUGAGGCGGUAAUUUCUCAGCCUCCCUUUUAUCGAAAACAGUCUUUAGAGAUAAAUACUGAGGGGGUAUAACCAUAGACAAAGGAGGACUGGUAGGUACCUCAAUAGAAUUCAAAGGUGUGACUUCCACGUACAAGACUCGUGGCAGGCCUUACUCCAUGAUUUUAUUUGCCCUGUCUCCCAGUCAAAAAUGGGAUUGUGAGCACGUAACCAUGGAUACCCUAAUACCAACUGUGAAGAGGGAGAGGUGAUAACCUGGAAUCGAAUGGUUUCGUAGUGUAAAACCCCUGUGUACAUGUGUAGUGGUUCAGUCUCAUGAGUAACAACUGGAGAACUCAAUGGUCUACCAUCUAUGGCCUCAACGGCCAAGGGUAUCUCCUUCUCUCUAAUGGGAAUGUUGUUUCUCUUUAUAAAGCCAGAGUCUAUAAAAUUUUCAGCUGCCCCAGAGUCAACCAGAGCAUAUAUGUUGUCAACUAUACAAAUCUCUCCCAUAUAUAAAGAAACCGGGAGAAGCAAGCGGUUAGGAGGCAAUUUAGGAGACUUAGAUAUCACACCCAAGGCCAGUCCCCUAUAAGGUCUUAGGUGCGAGAGUUUUCCGGGAGUAAAGGACAUUCCUUUACCAUAUGGUCUCUCCUACCACAGUAUAGGCAGAGUCCCUCCCUUCUCCUAUGUAAUUUCUCAGUAUCAGAGAGUUUGGCAACCCCUAAUUGCAUAGGUUCCUCCUCAGACACUUUAACACUCUCUGGUAUAUUAACUCUGGGGUUAAUGGGUGUAACAAAACGUCUAUUCCUGUUCUUGGUAUAGAGCCUGUCACGAAUUCUAUUAUCAAUAUCAAUGAGGUAAUCGAUAAGGUCCUCUAAGGCAAUAGGAAGCUCCUUAGCUGCUACCUCAUCCAAUAUCGUAUCUGACAAACCUUCCAUAAAGGCAGUAGUUAACCCAUUGUUGGUCCAAUCUACCUGUGAAGCAAGAGUGCGAAACUGAAUAGCAUAAUCAGCCACAGACCUAGAACCCUGUUUAAUUCUCAUUAAUGCUCUUGCGGCAUUCUUUGACCUUUUCAUUGUGUCAAAAGUUCUACGAAAAGCCGUAAGAAAACUGUUGAAAUCAUGUACCAUAGGCCCAUUAGCUUCCCAAAUAGGAUUUGCCCACUCAAGUGCCUUAUCGGUAAGUUGGUGCAUAAAGAACCCAACCUUAGACCUCUCUGUGGGAAAUGAACGUGGAUACAUUUCAAAGUGAAAUUCAAUCUGAUUAAUAAACCCUCUGCAAGUCUUAGAGUCCCCUCCAUACCUAGGAGGAGGUGUUAAAUGGGCCGAAGUAUUAGGCAAAGUAGAUACUUCAGGGAGAAGGGGCGUAGGAGGGUUAGGUGUAGUUGCUGGAACGGUUCUAGCUAGGAGCGUCUGGAGAGCCUGAGCUAUUUGAUCCAUACGGUGAUCCUGCUCUACAAAUCUUGCCUCAUGGGACGCCAUCUGUUGAGCUAAAUCUGCGGGGUCCAUGGCCCUAUCGUAAUGUAACGAGAAUAUACCCCUACACGCAGGAUCCAGCUAAACAGAGGCAAAUACAGAGGAGAGAUAAGUCUACCGGACCUUAGAAUGGCCGGACUUGACGUAUAUGAGAGAAGACAGAGCCAGGAACAAACCGAGGUCAAGGGCACAGAGAGACAGCGUAAACUAGGACAAGCCGGGGUCUGGUACACGGAAAACAGCAAGCCGGCAAACAGUACAGAUAAGGAUAAAGCGAAAACGAAGUCAGAAUACGAAGCCAAAGUCAAUACGAGAAAACACAACUGAACACCACAAGCGCUAAAGGGAACUGAAACAGAAACCACGAUAGGGCAAGGAACAAAGGGAAGAAGGUGAGUAUAAAUACCUAAACAUCUAAUUUGAUUGGUCCCUGUCACAUCCACGCCCCCAAAAGGUAAGUGUAUGGGGAGUGUGGCAUGACAGGGACCAAUUGGAUGCCUUUUCCAAUUUAGGCACCCACUGUCCCUUUAAGAGCGCGCCCGAGACUCGCGGCGCGCUCUUAGUUUCAGGCGGGACACGUGACCGCCUCACGCGGUCACUGCCCGCCCUCCAUCCGAAGUAGUUGGAUGAGUCGCGCGCGGCUCGUGCAGCCGCAGGACCGCGCGCGGCUUGAAGAGAGGACCGCGACCGGCCCCCGGUUAAGGUAAGUAACGCUACAACCCGUCAGAUACCUAUACUAUGUGUAAUACAGGUCAGUGCUUACAAGCUGUGCUCCUGGACUCCAGCCAAUCAUCGCCUCUUAAAGGGACAAUAUAUUUUAACGGGACAAAUGACACAAAUUUGAUUUUUUGAAAUGGUUCUUCCCAGUUUUGUAAAAUAUUAGCAGAUAAUUUUUGCAAUAUUUAUUUGAAAAUAUAUUUAAUUAAAGUCAUUUGGUAUUGUUUUCUUAGAAACCUUUACGGAAAAGGUUGUGCUCAAAUUCCGCUGGCAAAGUUUUUGGCUGACUGACAAUGUGAUGGGUGCACAUCUGCAAGAGGUAACUAAAAUCGUCCCUACCAUUACUGUCUGAUAAUCAAAUCAGGUUUAAUCAGUGCAUUUAUAAAAAAACAAAACAUUGCAUAUUUCAGACCUCUAUGUAAAAUUCACAGACUAUGGCUCUAAACAAUGGAUUUUUAUAAACAUCUCUGCAGUGAGGUCCGUUAGGGGCAUACUAAGGAGGUUGGGUGGGAUUGCCAUGGGGGGUCUGGUAAUAACUGCUGCUGCUGUAGUACUGCAGCAAGAUUAAGUUGAGCAAUGUAUUUUCCUCUGCCUGGCUUUUUCUGCUAAAGUUCUGCUAAAUAUUGGACCUGCUGUGUGUUUCUGGAGGGUGUAUCCUGUCACUCUCUCCUCUCAAGCAGCACUCGGCUUGCAUGCAGUUCACUCAAGGGCAUAGCAUGGUCAUGAAGUGCCCGGGGCAAGUACUUUAAUUUGCCCUCCCCCAAAUAAUAGUUCCUAUAAUACAUUGUGCCAGCCAGGCCCGGACUGGCCAUCGGGCAUACCGGGCAAAUGCCCGGUGGGCCGCGAUGGCCGUGGGGCCGAGGCCGGCAGGGGAGAUCACAGGAUCUCCCCGGCCGGCUCCUGCAGGGCCAGCGCUACCCGAUCUCCCUUUACCGGCCCAGAGACACUUCCAGGCGGCCGCUUGCUGGGGUGUGAGGAGAGGACCGGUGUUCUAUCAGUUUGGUAUACCCCGUCAGAUUGCUAUACCCACGUCACUUCCGGGGAGGGGAAUCAGCUGUCUCCUGUGCUGCACAUGCGUGCUAGCACUCCUGCUACUCCUCCACAGCAAGGUCCUGGAAGGUAAGUAAAACUAGUUUUACACUUUCAUUAUAGUUAGUGCAUUCACUAAGCUUAGGACAUGGGACAUUUAGGGUUAAUGUUAGGGUUCAAAUUAGGGUUAGGAUUAGGGACUUGUUCCUAUUUAGUGAUAUUUCACAUUAGGGGAAUAUCACUAAAUAGUGAAUUCUCACACUUUAUUUUAACCCUUACCCCAAGGGUUAGGGUAAGAAUAGAGUGUGAGAGAGGUUAGAAGCACUUACCUAACCCUAAUUUGUACCCUCACUUAACCCUAAAUGUCCCGUGUGCCUAAGCUUAGUGAAUGCACUAACUAUAAUGAAAGUGUAAAACUAGUUUUACUUACCUUCCAGGACCUUGCUGUGGAGGAGUAGCAGGAGUGCUAGCACGCAUGUGCAGCACAGGAGCCAGCUGAUUCCCCUCCCCGGAAGUGACGUGGGUAUAGCAAUCUGACGGAGUAUACCAGACUGAUAGAACACCGGCGGAGCUCUAUCCAGCAGCUCCGCCGGGUCCUCUCGCGAGAGUGAACUCUAGCCUACAGGCUAGAGUUCACGCUCACCACUAGGACCACCAGGGAUCAGGCAGCAUGGCUCUCCUCCCUGGCAGAACGGCUCCCCCCCGUCCCAGGCAAAACGGUCCCCCCCCCCUCCCAGGCUAAAGGUAAGAAGGGAGGGGGGGGAUAUAACUUUUUAAAAAAUUAUUAUUAUUAAUAAAAUAAAAAAAUAAUUUAAAUUAAAAAAUCACACUCACACACACACAUCACCCCCAGACACACACAGUACCCCCAGACAUACACAUCACCCCCAGAAACACACAGCACCCCCAGACACACACAUCACCCCAGACACACACAUCACCCCCAGACACACAUCACCCCCAGACACACACAGCACCCCCAGACACACACAGCACCCCCAACACACACAGUACCCCCAGACACACACAGUACCCCCAGACACACACAGCACCCCCAGACACACACAGCACACAGCACCCUCAGACAUACACAUCACCCCCAGACACACACAGCACCCCCAGACACACACACAGCACCCCCAGACACACACAGCACCCCCAGAGACACACAGCACCCCCAGAGACACACAGCACCCCCAGACACACACAGCGCACCCAGACACACACAGCGCACUCAGGCACACAGCACCCUCACUCACACACAGCACCCUCGCUCACACACACACACACAUAUAUAUAUAUAUAUAUAUAUUUACAGAUAUAUAUAUAUAUAUAAUAUAUAAAAUAACCCUCAGUGAGUUAACAGACAAAGAAAAUUAGAAUGUGACGGCAGAUAAAAACACCCUCACACACAGCACCCCUCUUACAUACACACACACUGCGCCCCUCACACAUACAAUACGUCCAAAUAUAUAUAUGUAUGUAUAUACACACACACACACUACAGCACUACAUACAUUACACUCCAGAUACACGCUAGAUCCCUUACCUUAUAUGCACUCUUAAUCCUCUAUACACACACACACACACACAAUCUCCUAUACACACUCUGGGUCCUUUACACACUAGAUCUCCUACACACACACUGCACCACCUACACACACACUACAUUCCUUGUCAGCAAACACAUACAACAUUCUCUAAACACACCCUCUCUACAACCCCUACACACACUACGUCACCUAUACACACACACUACAGCCCGUAUGCACACAUUCGCUACAUCCCCUAUAACACUAUGCCACCUAUACACACACUCUCUACAGCCCCUAGCCACACAUAUUACACCACAAACACAUAUGAAAUUGACCUAUUUACACAAUGCCACACCACACUCUACACACACGCAAUCCCACAAGCAGGCUCCAAACACAUGCACCAUACACUUUCCUGUCCCUUUUGUCCUCUGGUAUCCCACUUGUUGAGACACCAGAGACAAUUUAAAAGCAAACACAGCGCAAGCAUGUUAUUAAAUUUGCUUGCGCUGCGCAGAACAAAUACAGGGCCUUUUUCUAAUGCCAGAGCUCUUCAGCGCAGCUCUGCGCAUUGAACCAACAUGCUCACUUUGAGAGGAGGCGUGCUUGUCAUUAGUGAUGACAAAACACACCCUCUCUGGCCCCGCCCCCUUCUUAGGGGGCCGCUCUGAUUGAAAAAUGCCCGGGCCUAAUUUUUUCCCCAGUCCGGCCCUGGUGCCAGCAUAAUACAUAGUUAUACGAGUUAAAAAAAAAAAUACAAUUGGCAAAGGACCAAUGUGGACGAGGGCACUCACAGGUCUUCAAAAUAAACAAAAUAACAAUAUAUAUAUAUAUGAAACCAAGAGGGCUGCACUCACCUGAAAAUGCAUACAUUAUAGGGUGCUGCUGGGGCCAAAAUAUACAACAUACAAAUUAUACAAUCCAGAGCACUCACUUAUUCACUAAACAAUGAUUUUUAAAUCUUAGAGAUUGUAGUAGUUUUAUUUAAAAACACCUCACAAGGAAAACAAUAAUGGGGGUUUAGUUACAUUAUAUGAUCAUAUAUUGCAUAAGCCUGUCACACCGUCAACGUACCCCAUUCUUGGCAGGUCCUACUCUAACAGCCUAAUGCUUUCUCUUAUGAGAUUAAUCCACUUACUUGGGAAAUACUUCCUUACUGGGAUACAAUGAGUAAAAUCCCAAAAGAAAAUAAAGACCAUUCUUUCAUCACCCAAAGCACAAUGCUGUGUCACUAUUAUUAUUAUUAGUUUUAUUGGUAUUUAUAUAGCGCCAACUAUUCCGCAGCGCUUUACAAUAUUAUGAAAGGGGUAUAUUUACAAUAAAUGAGACAUUUACAAAGUGACAGAGGAACAAUAAGUAGAUGAGGGCCCUGCUCAAACAAGCUUACAGUCUAGAUGAGGUGGGGUACAAAUACCCAACAGGACAGCAAUUGUGACAGCCACCAAACAAGGUGGAAAAGUAGAAGAACUGGAGGUGAGAGUGGAGUGUGGAGUAGAGGGAAGUAAGAAACAGAUAUGAAUAGGUGUAUAUAAGUUAUUCUGGGAGUCCAUAAGCAUUUUUGAACAGACGUAUUUUGAGGGACCUUUUAAACAAUUGAAGACUAGGGGAGAGUCUGAUGGGGUCGACAGGCUGUUGCCCGCAAGAAGUCCUGCAAGCUUGAGUUAGCAGUAAGGGUGCGAGCAGCAGACAGGAGAAGGUCACUGGCAGAAGGGAAGAGAAAGAGAAGGGGCAUAUCUAUAGAUCAGUGAAGAAAUGUGUGAUGAGACCAAUCUCGCCACUGGAGUUUUGCCUCUGUCCUUGGAGAUAAUUGGAUUACUUCCCAAUUAUCUCCAGGAUAGAAGACUCUGUGGAACUGGUUUUGGGCAGAAAAGCCAUGCUUCAUUUGGUCACAAAGGACUAUGAUCUAUAUUUUGAACCACUGGACCAAUUUGGAUGAUGAUGACGUAUGUUUGUAUUUGGAGUAUGCUGAUUCUGAAAAUGUAAGUUUUAUGUGAAUGUGAUGCAUACUUUUAAAGUUAUGAAUAAUGUGGAAAAACUGUAUUUCUAUGUCUGUGAUAAUUACAUUACCCAUUGUGUAAAGGUAAUUGUAUCACAGGCAGAGGGGAGAAUUUUGUGUGGGUGUGUCUGAGUGUAUUGUACGUGUUUAUUGGUUGUUUUUCAAAAUCCUGUGGGUGGUACUAAUGUGUAUAUAAGAACAAUAAAUCCACAGCUCUGUCUGUUCCUGCUUGACCCUCAAAACGGAGCCUUGUCUCGUUCUUGGGGGGAUUUAUUGUAUACUGUUCCAGUUCGUCUGCUAGGAGUAUAAACCUAUUUGUAUGGUUUUUCCUAUUCGGCUGUUUACAGCAUUCGUAUGUUUGAGAGCAUUCAUAUGCUUCUCCAGUUCGGUGGAUUGGUGUCUACAGUAGUUGCCUGUGUCUCUGGAAGGGGAAGAUCUUCUAAAUGGCGGUUUAGCACUUUUAUGCCUGGAGGUGCCGUUACAAAAUGUAAGAGGGGCUAGAGUUGGUUAGAGCUUUAUAGGUAAGGGUUAGUAUUUUGAAUUGACACCUAUAGGAUACAGGAAGCCUCGACAGAGAGGUGAGGUAUGGAAGGAUCGAUGGGGGAGAAAGAUCAGCCUGGCUGCAGCAUUCAUUACUGAAUGUAGAGGGGCAGUUCGGCUUCUGGGGAGACCAACUAAGAGAGAAUUAGAGUAAUCCAUGCGAGUGAUUACCAGAGAAUGAACAAGCUCCUUGGCAGCAUAUUCUAGUAAAGGCAACAAGCUUGCAAGGACGGACUGAUACAAGUACCAUCAACUUGCAGAGAAAGCAAAGGACCAAGAACAGAUCCUUAGGGGACAUCCAACUGAGACAGGGUGAGAGGAUGAGUUGUCAUUGCAAAAUGACACUUAACAAAUGUUUGGAGAGAUAGGAGGAGUACCACAAGAGGACAGAGUCACAGAGACCGAGGGAUUGAAGAGUUUGGAGAAGAAGGACAUGAUCAACAGUAUCAAAGGCAGCAGAGAGAUCAAGAAGAAUUAGUAUGGAGUAACUGUGAUUAGGUAAUUUGUAACUUCAAUAAGAGCAGUCACAGUAGAGUGGAGGGGGCGAAAGUCAGAUUGAAGAGAAUCGAGGAGGGAGUUGGAAUUGACAAAUCUUUCUAGAAGCUUUGAGGAAAAAAGAAACAGGGACAUAGGACAAUAGCUGGGGAAGACAGGUCUAGGGGUGGCUUUUUUAGGAUGGGUACAGUACAAUGCUUAAAAGGAGCAGGGAAAGUAGGAUUGUUGAGCAAGGGUGAGGACUGUACUGUAUGAAUUCAUAAUGGAGGAAGCCUGACAAGGUGCGUGACCUGUUCCAGCAGUAUUCAGCUGAAAGGGAGCACCUCUGGAGGUAACGGGUUGACUUAGUGUGCCAAGUUUGGAGUUGCGUCCUCUUUGAGGUGCAUGUUUGGAGUGGGCCUCAAUGUCCAGGGCAGAGGUGAGGGUAGCAUUAUAUUAUUAUUAUUAUUUUAUUAUUUAUAUAGUGCCAUCAGACUCCGUAGCGCUGUACAAUGGGUGGACUAACAGACAUGUAAUUGUAACCAGACAACUGGACGUACAGGAGCAGAGGGGUGGAGGACACUGCUCCAGGAGCUUACAUUCUAGAGGGAGUGGGGUAUAGUGACACAAAGGGUAAAAGUAGGGGUACAAAGUAGGUUGUUAGAAAAGUAUUAAUUGAGGGUUUAGUAGGUAAUUUUUGACAGUUGCAGGGGAGGAGUUAUGGCGAGUGGGGGAUGAAAACCUGCUGACAGUUUAAUUAAUAUGCUUUCUUGAAGAAGUGAGUUUUCAAUGAUUUUUUGAAUGAGUGGAGACUGGGUGAAAUUCUUACGGAGAGGGGAAGGGCGUUCCACAGACGAGGUGCAGCCCUGAAAAAGUCUUGGAGGAGAGUGUUAGAGGUGGGAGUACGGACAAAGGAUAUACAUAAGUCUUUGGCAGAGCAUAGGGGCCUCGAUGGGACAUACCUGUGUAUUAGGGAGGAUAGGUAGGUUGGAGCAGCAUUAUGUAGGGACUUGAAAGCAAGCACCAGAAUUUUAAAUUGAGCCCUAUAUCUAACUGGAUGCCAAUGCAUGGACUGACAGAGCGGGGAGGCAUGAGAGGUGCGGGCGGACAGAAAAAUGAGCCCUGCCACCUCAUUCAUUAUAGAUUGCAGCGGUGCAAUCUGAGAACACGUAGGACCACUGAGAAGAGUAUUGCAGUAGUCCAGGUGAGAGAGAACAUCCGGGGUUAAAUAGGGGCGAAUGCGUGCUAUGUUUUUGAGAUGGCAACAGGAUUUGACUAUUGAUUGGACAUGAGGGGUGAAGGAGAGGUUGGAGUCAAAAAUAACACCCAGGUAGCGAGCCUGCGAGGUAGAGGUGAUGGUAGCGUUGUUGACUUGGAGGGAGACAGACACAGGGGUAGUAACACUUGAGGGAGGAAAGACCACAAGUUCUGUUUUGGACAGGUUGAGUUUAAGGAAGUGAGCAUCCAUUUGGAAAUUGAAGAGAGGCAGUUAGAGACAUGAGUCAAGACGGGUUGAGAGGACAGGUAGAUUUGCGUGUCAUCCGCAUAGAAAUGAUUAUGGAAGCCAAGAGCUGAUGAGUUUACCAAGGGAGGCAGUGUAGAUAGAGAACAGUAGGGGACCAUGGACAGAACCUUGGGGGACGUGGACAGAGAGUGGUUGGGGGAAAAGGCAGAGUCAGAGAAAGAAACACAGAAAGAGCACUGGGAGAGGUAAAAGGAGCACCAGGAGAGAGCAGUAUCCCAUAGACCAAGAUUACGGAGAAUGUGAAGAAGAUGUUGAUGAUCAACAGUGUCAAAGGUAGCAGAAAGAUCAAGGAGAAUUAGGAUAGAGUAAUGGCCGCGAGAUUGAGCAGCAAUUAAAUCGUUGGAUACUUUGGUCAUAGCCGUUUGACAGAAAGACCAGCGCGGAAUCCAGACUGAAGGGGGUCAAGCAGAGAGUUGGUUUCGAGAAAGUCAGUCAGUCUGGUGUACACAACUUUCUCGAGGAUCUUGGAGGCAAAUGGCAGCAGCGAGAAAGGGCAGUAGUUGGAUGUGAAGUUGGGGUCAAGGCUGGGCUUUCUCAGAAUUGGGGUUAAAGUUGCGUGUUUGAAGGGUGAGGGAAAUGUGCCAGAGGAAAGGAAGAGAUUGAAAAUUUUAGUGAGGGGAAGAGCAAGAGAGGGAGACAUAGUGCGGAUGAGAUAUGAAGGAAUAUGAUCGAGGGAACAGGUGGUGGGGCGGGAGGACCGGAGCAGAGCAGAAACCUCUUCUGCUGUAGCAGGUGUGAAUGAGUGUAGAGUGGUGGAGGGAGUUGGGUGAUGUAAUGGUAGGGGAAGGAGAGAAAUUAGCGAUCUCUUCUCUGACUGUAGAGAUCUCAGUGAAGUGAGAUGCAAAGAUGGUAGAAGGAGGGGGAUUAACAGGGCGAAGAAGAGCAAAAGUGUGAGAUAGGUGUUUGGGUUGAUGGGACAGUGUACUUAUGAGGGUAUUAAAGUAAUGUACUUUUGCAGCAGAGAGAGCCAGGCUAUAGGAGUGCAGUAUAAAGUUAUAGUGGAGGAAGUCAGAUGCAAAGUGAGACUUUCUCCAGCAGCGUUCUGCAGUUCUAGAACAUUUUUGGUGGUAACGGGUCAGUUUGGUGUGCCAGGAUUGUAGUUUGUGGCGCUUGUUGCGUUUAAUUGUAGGAGGUGCCAUGAUGUCGAGUUGAGUUGUAGAGUGAGGUAGCCGAGUUAGGGCAAGUUAGAUUUGAGAUGGGUAAGAGGAGAGUAGUAAGUUUGGUGGAAAAAUGCUGGAGAUCAAGGCAGUUGAGGUUUCUGCGAGAUUGGAGAGUUGAGGGUGGUGAAAUUUUGGUACGGGGUAUGCUGAUGUCAAAAGUUAGUAGAUGGUGGUCAGACAAAGGAAAUGGAACAGUGGAGAUUAGAGGUGGUAAUUAUAUGAGGAGACAGCCAGAGAUGAACAGGAGAAGGUAGGGAUGGAUGAGAGUUUGGAAUGGAGAUGAGCUGAGAGUUGCUGGAGGUCAAAGAUAACAGCUAUGUUAGCAGAGAUGGGUUUGAACAGACAAAUUAAAUUAAAUUAACAAAGGUGAAGAGAGGAAGGGAAGGGGGUAGUCAGAGGUUUAAAGGAGCAGUGGGGCUUAUUGCCUAAGCGACACUUUAUGAAUUCCAAACCAGUUUUCAAUCUAUAUGACAGUCCAGACAGGUUUCACUGGUUUCCUUGUCCCUCUGUAGACACAAUGCCAAAAAAUUAUUAAUUAUUAAUCCCAGUGGCGUACACAUGACCCAUGGGGCCCCGGUGCAAAAAUUGAUCCGUGGGCCCCCCCCCGCGUGCUUACUUGGCGCGGGUCGGGGCCGCAACACAUGGCGGCGGGCACCUGGUCGCAGGGCUGUGACCCCGCAAAUGCGGUAUGCUGCACACACACCUAAAGGACCACUACAGAUACCCAGAUCACAUCAGCUCAAUGAAGUGGUCUGGGUGCCAGGUCCCUCUAGUUUUAACCCUGCAGCCUAAAACAUAGCCGUUUCAGAGAAACGGUUAUGUUUCACUGAGGGUUAAUCCAGCCUCUGGUGGCUGUCUCAUUGACAGACGCUAGAGGAGAUUCCGCGAUUCUCACUGUGAAAAUCACAGUGAGAAGACACUGAACGUCCAUAGGAAAGCAUUGAGUAAUGCUUUCCUAUGGGCGGUUUAAAUGCGCGCGCGCUCCUCUUGCCGCGCAUGUGCAUUCGGAGCUGAGAGGCGGCGGGAUCCCCAGCGCCAAGGAAGUCCGGCGCUGGAGAAAGGUAAAUGCUGAAGACACACACUCUCACUAACAGACGCAUACACACUAGCUAACAGACACACACAUUUACUGACAGAGACACACUCAGCGACAGACAUACAUACACACUCACUUACAAAACAUACACUUUCACUGACAAACACACACUACUAACAGACAUCAGACACACUCAGUAACAGACACACUCAGUAACAGACACACCCAAUAACAGACACACUAACACCCACACUAACACUUACACACACACUAACACACACACACUAAUAAACACACACACACUAAUACAAACACACACUAACACACACACACUAACACUAACACACACACACUAACACACACACUAACACUAACACACACACACUAACACACACUAACACAUGUUUGUUUUUUAAUUGAAUCCCCCAGCCUCCUUACCUUUUGGAGUGCUGGGGGGAUUCCCUGGGGUCCAGUGGUGGUGCUGCUGGGCUCCUGGGGCUCCUGGGAGGGCGGGCGAGCGGGCUGUCUGGGUUGCCGGCGCGCGAGGGAGCACUUUCCCCUGUGUGCUUCCUCUUCAGCUCCCUUGCGCACCGCGUAGGGAUGCCGGAGCCGGAAGAUGACGUCAUCUUCCGGCUCCGGUAUGAGUGCGGUGCACGAGGGAGCGGAAGAGGGAGCACUCAGCCAGGGAAAGUGUUCCCUCACGCGCCGGCCACCCAGACCCUGGUAUGUACGCCACUGAUUAAUCCUUUAAUGAUUAUUAUCCCUGUAAAUGAAGUGAUGCUUAAUAAGUGUCUAUAGACAAUUGUGACUUUAUUGUACAUUCUUUGCUAGUAUAUAUGUUUUCAGUUCCUGACACAUUCUGCUUCUGGAAAACCCCAUGUCUGUUUUUUUAUAUCUGUAUAUAGUCACAUUUAUUUAUAAUUUGGUGGUAUGUAAUUCAUUAAUUAAUUUGAGGAACCUAUUUAUACACACUGAACAUUUGUAUCCUUUAUGCAUGAUUAAGACUCAUUUGAGGUCAAACCUUGCAUUAUUUUUGUGGGGUGACUUACCCUUUGAUAAAGUUUGCACCAUCAGUAUCCAGGAAUCACCUCCACAAUUCUAUCUAUACGUUUUGAUAGGUUUCCACAGACAUUGGCAGAUAUACAAUCCUUACUAGCCAAUAUGUAAUACCUUAACCAGAUGAAUCAGUAUAGAAUGACAUUCAAACCAGCUAAUUCCUGCUUCCAAUAUCCACAAAUUAUAAAAGGAAACAAUUUUAAUUCAGAAAAUGGAAUGAGAAUUCUACCUAUCAAGUUCUUUGUCCAGAAGAUUACCUGAAGAAUCUGUGGUCUAUCUCCAAAAGGUCUGCUGUCCAAUGCUAGAGGCAACACACCAGGGUGGCUUUGUGAAGAAAACUACAAGAAACAUAAUAGCACAAGUAUAAUAUAAAAUAAUGCAUAGGGUAGUAAAGGCAAAAUAAAUGGCAGACAGCAGUGAAGCUAUUCCAAUGUAAUUUACUAACUGCUCUCAGAGUGAAAUACGAUAUCAAAACACAGUACUUAACUGUAAACAUGAAGUUUGGAAAUGUGAUUUUAUCAUUUUAAUGUUACACAGUUUGGUGCUUUGCCCAUUGCUGCUUCUAAUUGUUUGUUUGUUUGUUUUGCAGCUCUGUUCUGUUUUUCUUGAUUCAAAAAUAGAAAACAUCUUGCUGAGUUGGAGAAAAAAUGGAGUAGUGCAAUCAGUUCAAUGCCCUUAAAUAAUUUUCUAAUGUUUUACAAUUGUUAUUACAUUUUAUAUUAUUACACAUAAUUGUAUUUGUGCCCCCCAAAAAUACAUUAUUCCAAAAUAAUAAAUUAUUUAAAAAUACAUUAUUUUCAUUCCAAGUGUAGCAAUUACCUGAAUUUCUAAAUCAAUGUGUGUGUAAAUAUGGGCUAGACUAGAGGGCAGGUGACAUACAGCAACUCUACUACUGGUCCAAGCUGCCUCUAGUUGUUGAGUUCCCAUAAAUUUAUGACCAGUAUGUGGCCACCGUCUUUCUUUUUUAAUAAAAAAAUAUUUUGAAGCCAAGUAAUGAAUGAUGAAUGGGAAUAAUAGCCAUUUUUGAAAUAAGGAUUACAUUUGUGAUCUAUGUGUGAGCAUUUUAGAGGUAUUGGGACAUUUGUUUGUAUUGGUGGAGAUACAAAUUCUAUUUCAUAACCUGAGAUUGUGUUGAGUACCCGAGUGUCUAAUGUAACUGAUGCCCAAACUUGAGAAAAAUGGAAAACUGCAUUCUUCUCUCAUUUUUAGGGGGGUAUUUCUCAGGGAAAGAUGGGACUCGGUUAAUAUGAGUCUGGUUAGUACGGCCUGGAUCUCUCAAAAUAUGAAGGGUCUCUAGAAUAUUGCACAUUUUCUGAAUUUCAGCUGGGAAAAGUGCCACUGCCGUUACCAGCACAACUGUAAACAUUUUGAUUAAAAACUUUUAUUAAAGAUGUUUGGGCUUUAUCCAAAGAGGAAAAGAUGCCAACAUCUUUACUUAUCUCUUUGAUAAAUAAUUCUCCAAAGAAAAUCCCCUGACGAAGAUGCCCGGGUGUUGCACAGAAACAUGUGUACCUCAUUGAGCACAUUAUUGCACAUUAUGCACCUAUCACUCUGAUUUAUAUUUGGGUGCAGCGGGGCAUAGGAGCUUGUUAUGGGCACUUGCAGAAAUGGCACAUCACCCCUCCCAUUAUUACUUACAAUGGAAAAUGUUAUAGUUUCCGCUGUGUUCUUUUUGUUAUCAAACUGACUUCACGUCCAGCUAUAAGUAAAAUGUGUAAACCAUAAAUGCCAUUUUAUCUUUCUAGAGAGAUCCAGGCCGUACUAACCAGACUCAUAUUAACCGAGUCCCAUCUUUCCCUGAGAAAUACCCCCCUAAAAAUGAGAGAAGAAUGCAGUUUUCCAUUUUUCUCAAGUUUGGGCAUCAGUUACAUUAGACACUCGGGUACUCAACACAAUCUCAGGUUAUGAGAAUUUUACAAGACUGAGAGGUUGACUUAUUUAUGGACAAGAGGGUAUGUUAUUCUAUUUUACUGAUAUUGCAAGUAUAUAGUUUAAUCUUGUAAACUCU